AGGAGGAGGACGAGGAGCAGGAGGACGAGGAGGGAUGCAUAAUGGGGGAGGAGGAAUUUUGGGAGGUGCUGCUACUGCUGCUCAACACGCGUUACUGGCCGCCGGACCGCACAUGGUGAGGGGUGGACUCGCACUUCUGACCCCUCCUGACGAUAAUGGGAUAUUGGAUUGGCAGCAGGACGGAAUACAACGAACACAAGCCGAUCGAGAGGCCACGGUGCGGAUGAUGACCGGGAUGAGAGAGUUCACGCCAUCUCAAGCUCGGGAACCUGCAGCGACAGAACAGGUCAGAGUCGGUCCGCAUGAGAGAAGCGAACGCGCAGACACCAAUGUCGAUAGCGGUUCGUUACCGAAUACUUCGCAUGCCGUCGACCUGACGGUGAAAACGGAGCACGAGGCCUUCGGAGACGAUUCGGCGGCGCCCACGGACGGCGAUUGGAUAGGAAACGCAAUGGAAACACUCGUUGGAUCCGCGUUUCCCGUGUGCAUGGCAACCGAAGCUGUGCGGGUAUUAUCCUACACUCUGCCGUGUCCACUGCCCGAUGCACCCGGCCCCGAUGCUCCAUCGAGCAGUAGUAACCCGACAAAUCCUGACCGCUUGCCCAUCUCGGCGGUUUCGGCUCCAGCAGUUGCUGCCGCCGCUGGACAGCAACUGUCGCCAAUGGUUCUCGCUCGGUGCACUACCGGGAACGUUGGGGUUUCGGUUCCCGUCAAGAGCGUGGAUUGGGGCACUACAACCGCGCUGCACCACAUGACAGCAGCGAUCCAACAGCGUUAUCAAAGAGAGGGAACAAGGAGAGUAUACAUCCACGUCUCGCACGCUAUCGAUCCCCAGAUCCCGCUGUCAAGACUUCCAUCCACUCCACCCAUCACGGGUUCCCUCACCGGUAACGAAAGCGAUGUUGGCUACUUUACACCGACGGUGUUUAGCAGUAUCGUGAUCGCACCAAACAGCCUCGCAUCGACGCCUGUUCCAGGAACCCCACUACUGACCCACCCGCCACCUCCAUUGUCCAACCCAAUACUCCCUCCGAGCAGUCUUCAUCUGACACUACUUGAACGCUAUAUCCCUCCAGCAACACAGGCGGAAGACACGGCGAUGUUCUCGACGCGCUCCUCGCUCCUGGUCGACCGGCUCUUUGAGCUCUCGUCGCAGGGUGGCAGCCUCCUCUUCAUCUACCCGACAAAAACCGGCGCCAUGGACUUUGACCGCGACUAUCUAGGCCCCGUAUUGGACCCGCUACUACGCAAGUUUAUGGUUCUGUACCAUCUCCGCGAAGACCUGCUCUGGGGAGUCCGAAACAUGUCGUCGAUGCCACACAUGGCCGAGUUCGACGUGCUGCGCUCACGCAUCGAAGCCUUCUGCGCCGCACUCACGAACGGCGAAGGUGGUCUCCCACGCAUGCCGACGACGAUGGUGUUCAGUGCCAAAGCGAAGGUGUCGUUGAACGAACUCAGUUGGCGGGAGUGGUGGACACAGCAGGAGCAGGUGCGGGUACGCGAGAUCGUCAAGAAGCACGGAAACAGCCAGGCUGCCGCCGCCGCCGCCGCCACCGCCUCGAACAAGGGGAAGGAGACGGAGAAUAGCAAGAGUGGGUUCUGGCAGGGAUACGGAGUGCCCGGCGAUCUGGCUAGGGAGAUUUUGGAUGGUGUUCGCGCGCCAACUGUCAGGCCGAGUAGUCGGGGAAUGGGAGAGGCGGUGCUCGCGAGCAGCAUGUCGGGCAGUGGCUGUGGUGUUGGCAGUGUUGCACCCGUGGGCGUUGGACGGAUCGCGGGCGGCAUCAGACGGCUCGAAACUAUCAAGAAUAGAGGUGUUGAAGUGGGCAUAUUUAUCCUUCGAAGAGGAAGUUGAUCGAUUGGCUCAUCUUUGGCCCGAGCAUACAAGGGGGGAAUGGGAUGGGAUGGGAUGGGAUGGGAUGGGAUGGGAUGGG